AUGAACCCGGCGGCGCAAGAGUUUGUCCCACGGAAGAAGUGUGCAAUGGAUUCCAAUGCCAUCCAUAUGAUGGGUCGAAAUCCCCCGCAGCAGCAGCAGCAAAAACAACCGCCACAAAUAUCACCACCGCCAGCAACAACAACAAAGUUGCGCGCAACGGCCCCCGCCUUUGUUCCGAAAGGCUCUCUCUUUCCCAUGGCGACACCGCCACCAACAUCGUUUUUACAACCUCCUGUGUCAAUUCCACCGCCGGCCCUCGCUCCGCCGACGGUGCCGCAGUACGCGGAUCCAAACACAGCGGUGGGUAGUGGGCUGCCAGGCCCGAAGAGUUUUUCGCCAAGCGCACCGCCGUACACGCCGGCGAACCCGAAGGUGGUAGCAAAAUUUUCUUCGCCUCCGAAAACAUCGGGAUCCCCCAAUCCAGACCCCAAGAAGACGACGCGGACACCAUCGCCACACCCGGAGCAACAGCAGGAGGAAGAGCAGCCAAAUGAAGAGAAACAGCCGCGGGAAGAGCAGGAACCAAAACCAGACCAGUCACCUUUGGCGCAAAAGGCGCAGACACUUGGAGUUUCUAAUCGAAUUGAUUCAGCCCGACAGGAGGAUUCUUUUGGUUCCACUUCUGCGGCUGAUGAAACUAGUAGCAAUGCGUUGCAGCAAACUGGUGCUUUAGGUGAGGCAGUGGAGAACGACUUUAGCGGCUCCGUCUUGCCGAGUGUGUUUGAGGUAAGUGUUGUUGCCAAGCCUCCUCCGGCGGAAGCGAUACGGUUUAACACAGUAUGGGCACUGCACGCCGAUGAUCACCCGACCCCGUUUGGGGCGCCACUAGCUUACGAUCCCGUUCUUGUUCAUUUGGUGGGGGAUGUUGAGUGCUUCUGGCGUCUGUGGCGUUAUUUACCACCUCCGUCGGCUUUGUUGCCGGCUUUUACGUACCAUUGGUUUCGUCGGGACAUCAAACCCAACUGGGAGCACGCCCGGAAUAAAAACGGCGGCACGAUCACAAUUGUCAUUUUUGACCGCGACAAGCCGGGACAAAACAGCAAGCAGACGAUGGAUGACGCCUUUAUGACGAUGCUUAUGGCGUGCUGCGGGGAGACGCUUGCGGAGAGCACGACAAACCUCAACGGCAUCAUGCUGAAGGUGCGACAAAACAAACCCACAACGGUUCAGAUAUGGACGGCGAGCUCCGACCAGCGGAAGCUCAAGGCUCUGGCAGGCAGCCUGAGGAACCUGCUAGAGAAGAUCAUUGGCGCAAAGCCGCUCCAGAAGUUGGAGUAUUUCUCCCACCAGCAGACCCAGGUGGGUGGGGCGGGUAGUUUGGCAGGGAGAAUGAAGGGGAAACCCACGCGAAUAACGCCGGACUUCACACUGUAA